GAUCAGGGCCGGAGGAGGAGACGCGCCGGGGAUGCGCUCGCUGCCGGCCUCUUGUGCAUCAGCAGCGGGCGGGGCGCCAGCCCCCUUCCCCAUGGAGCGGGGCUGCUGAGCCGGGCCAUGGUGGCCGCCGCCCCCGCUGCCGCCGCGGCGAUGAGGAAAAGCUUCCUGGUGCCCGAGAUCAAGCCCCUGGAUCAGUAUGACUUCCCCCGGGCGCGCAGCGCCGCCAGCCUGGCCUGGGCGCUGGCCAAGGGCUACGGGGGCGCAGAGAACGUGCCAGAGGAGCUGCGUGACCCCUUCUACACAGACCAGUACGAGCAGGAGCACAUCAAGCCGCCCGUGACGCGCCUGCUGCUCUCCUCAGACAUUUACUGCCGGGCCUGCUGCCAGGUGCUGCCCCCUGACGAUGUGACCGUGCCUGCCCCCAAGGACAAUGCUGCCCUGCUGGCGCUGCUGGGGCGCCGUGGCCUGGCCCCCACCUACCAGGAUAAGGCCGUCAAGGAGGCCGACCUGCGCCAGAAACCCAUCAAGAUGGGUGCACACCUGGCAGUGAUUGACUCCCUGAUGAUAGCCUUUGCUGUGGAAUCCACCCACUCACUGAGUGCCCCCCCUGGCACCGACCUUGGCGCUGGCUCCUGGGAGCAGAAGCUCCUCUGCUGGGUGGACACGGUGAACCGCAAGCUGCAGGAGAGCACAGAGCGUGAGGGCUCGCAGCAGCUAGUGCCUGGCACAGAGGGCCAGUCCCAGUCCCCAGCAAGCGGCCCCAAGUGUCCCACCAGGUGGUACUGGAAACUGGUUCCUCAUGCCAUCGCUUUUUGUUUGAAGGAAUCGGGGAGUAAACCUCCUGUGAUCCGGUACCGGAAGGACAAGGUGCUGCCCAAACAGACGCCCUGCUUCACACCCGUCAUGGGCAUGAAGGACUUGGCCAAUGGGGGUGCCAUCGCUGCCACCAUUCACUAUUACUGCCCUGAUGUGGUGCGUCUGGAGGACGUGUGCCUGAAGGAGACCAUGUCGGUGGCCGACAGCCUCUACAACCUGCAGCUGAUCCAGGAAUUCUGCACUAAGUACCUGGGCGGCGGCUGCCCCCUGGCACUGGAGGACCUGCUCUAUGUGCCCCCAGUGCUGAAGAUCAACAUUGGGGUGUUCCUGGCUGAGCUCUUCCUGUGCUUCGAGGUGCUCAAGCCGGAUUUCGUGCGCCCCAAGGAGCUGAGGGGACUCAAAGAUCCUCCUGCAGCGAGCGACUCCCUGACGCCCAGCAGUGGGAACAGCAACAGCCGUGAGCGGGACUGGGAGAAUGCAUCUACUGCCUCGUCGCCUGCCUCUGUGCCUGAGUACACAGGGCCCAAGCUCUAUAAAGAACCAAGCGCCAAGUCCAACAAGCACAUCAUCCACAACGCGCUGUCCCACUGCUGCCUGGCCGGCCGCGUCAAUGAGCCCCACAAGAACAAGAUCCUGGAGGAGAUGGAGAAGAGCAAGGCCCAUCACUUCCUGAUCUUGUUCCGAGACUCCAGCUGCCAGUUCCGGGCGCUCUACACACCAGCUGGGGAGACAGAGGAGCUGACGCGCUUGACGGGCUACGGUCCCCGCACCAUCAGCCAGGCCAUGAUCGAGGGCAUCUACAAGUACAACUCGGACCGCAAGCGCUUCACCCAGAUCCCUGCCAAGACCAUGUCUAUGAACGUUGAUGCCAUCACCAUCCAGGGCCACCUCUGGCAGACCAAGAAGCCAGGCACCCCCAAGAAGCCAGGCACCCCUAAAUAACCUCACCUGGCCUCUGAGCUGAGCUAGCCCUUCCCACAGCUGCUGCUGCAGGACCCCUGGGCCCUGGCUGUGCUCCCAGGCAGAGCCCAGCAAGGGGGGGGAAGGGCUUAUCCUGGGAACUGCCAAAUACACUAAUAAACUAUGGGGGCAAAGGGCAUGGGAGGGGGAGAACUGACUUGGUAAGGCCUGGCCCUACCCCUACCCUAUGCUGAGGGGAGGGGCUGUGUGCCCUUAGGCUGGCUCCUCUGCUCUCUGGCCCCCUAGCCAUCUGAAUGUCAGACUGCACCCCAGGGGCAUGUCUCUCCCCCUCCCUCCAUGAGGUGUAGCUCAGCCCCUAGGCUGUGUAUAUUAUACAUAACUAUACAGAGAUUGAGCUAUUUAAAUGAUUUUGCAAUGAUUUGUAUAUAGUGAGUUGCAUUUGAUAAGCAGACUGGGAUGAGCCGGGGGUUGGGGGGUGUCUGUCUUCAUGUCUUGUCUAUUUUGUAUCUUCUGAGCUUCUGCCACAAUUGAAUGAUGUAUUGAAUUUUCCCCCUUGCAGGAAGGGUGCUGGGCACAGGACUGGGCACCAUGGGCACUGCCUCAGCCCUGGGGGGAGGGGACCUGGCCUGAGCCCACUUGUGGCUGCCCCAGGGAGCAGGACUCCCAGUGCCCAUGGCUUCCCCUGCCCCCACAAGCCCAGGUAGCUGCUGUCUGUGCCCCUGCCCCUGGUUGGGGUUGUCCUGCCAGCCCUGUCACUUCCAGAGUGGCUGUGCCCAGCUGGGAGGGGCCUGCUCCUUUCUAGGGGGCUGACUGGAGCAGAGGGAAGGGCAGCUGGGCCUGGUCAGGUGACAGCCCCCUGGCACUGAUUCCUGGGCUGUUGGCCCCCAGGGCUGGGUGAAGGGGGCAGGGCUUGCUGGCUCCCGGUGGUGGGGGAGACAGGGACCUGAGUAAUGCUGUAGUGAGCUGGCAGGGCCCUCACCCUGUCACUUAAUAAAGUAACUUAAAGGAG